GCCGCGCGGGGCUGACGUGGCGCUCCCCGGGAGGCGCGUUCCGCCCGCUCCCUUCCUCCCGCCGCGUGCGUGCGUUGCGUGCGUGCGUGCGCGCGUGCGCGGCGUUUCCGGCGCGGCGGUGCAGGAUGGUGCUGCUGGAGAGCGAGCAGUUCCUGACAGAGCUUACCAGGCUCUUUCAGAAGUGCAGGACUUCGGGGAGUGUUUUCAUAACGCUGAAGAAAUAUGAUGGCCGAACAAAACCAGUCCCACGCAAAGGCCAUGUAGAAAGUUUUGAACCAGCAGACAAUAAGUGUCUUCUAAGAGCAACUGAUGGAAAGAAGAAAAUUAGCACAGUGGUGAGCUCAAAGGAAGUAAAUAAAUUCCAGAUGGCAUAUUCAAAUUUGCUGAGAGCUAACAUGGAUGGCUUGAAGAAAAAAGACAAGAAAAGCAAAAACAAGAAGAGUAAAGCAACACAGUGACGGAGCAGUGUCCUACCAUCACUAUAACAGACUUGACCCUUGCUCAAAGCAAAGUCCAUUUCUUUUUGAGUUACCACUUGUCUUUGGCUUUCCUUCCAGCAGGAUACUGGGAUGUUAUCAGUACUUUUGCUUAAACUGAGAGCAGAAGGUGCUUUCUCUGGAUUGUUGUACGGCAGCAGUAUUUACAGGGUUAUACUGAAAUAGCUUUACACUCAGCUGCCAACUAGUUUUGUACUUAUACUGCUGUUUGUUUUGUAUUAUACAAGUGGGCAAUGUAAAAAACCUGUCUGGGGGGUAACGUGGGGUGAAGAGAAAUGCACUGUGCCAGGAGCAAAGUGAGACCAGAGCAGGAGUCUCCGUGACAGAUGCCCAGUUUUAUAGAUAAGCCUCAGUAGUACUAGGGAAGGUGGGUGCCAACAUAUUAUCAGGAACAGCAGCUUUCCUGUUUCUGUCUUAUUUUGAGGGAUGCGCCUACGUGAUGCAGUGCAGAUACCCCUAAGGCUCUUUCAAAGCCAGGCAGCUGUGCCGUUGCUCCAUGCUUAUCCAGCUGUGCUGACCCUGGCUCAGGCUGGGGGAAGGGCAGGCCUCUGUAUCAUGUUCCCUUCAGAAAAUGCUCAUGUCUCCUAAACUUUUUCUUUUAAAGCUUCAUCCUUUAGUAUAUUCAGGGAUCUGAAUUUCCCCAUACUUCACAUCUUAAAGUAGCUCCUUCAUUUGAGCAGAUGUAAAAGACGAAUACUUAAUUGUUUCUAUUAAAGACAAUGAAAAAUGGA